AUGCUCAAGACGACAGCCAGGCUCCAGGCUGAACAGUGCGGAGUGCAAAAGCACGAGCAGCUCAUGAAGUACCUGGAGAUGGCCGGGACCUACGGCAAACUCGACCUGACGACUUGCGUUUUCGCUGAGGAUGUUUUUUUGGCAGGGCUCAGACCACCGAGUGGUGCCAGCGCGACCGCGCUGGGCGAGCUGCGCGCCCACGAAGGAGCGCAGCUGCACGCGGGUCACGCGGACAUCUGCAAGGUCUGCCACCAUUCUGCCUUGCCCAAUUUCUUCCGCGACCCCUUCGCUUCGCCUUCCCGAUGGCCGGUGGCGUGGGCGCGUCCGCCUUGGAGGGCCAUGCUGCACAGCCGAAGACUCGCCUCUUGGCCCGCGCUGGCCGCGCUGGCCGUUAUUCCGAUGGGUCGGUCUCACGCGCUGCAUUGGUGCCCGGCGAUUCACGGCACCAUCGAUUACUCGAUGCCAGAGCUGUUGGACGCGCCUUUCGUUUCCGACAAAAUCUUUGCACCAGCUGCGUCGACAAUUUAA